AUGUCUCAACUUUUAAUUGUUUGCUAUAACCCUGCUUCCACAGGUCCCGCCAUUUUCGAGUGCGAGUUAGUGGCGUGUUCAUUCGACGAGGCUUUGCUACAGCAACCACCUGGCUUUGUCGCUGCUGUUUCUGGACGCAUAAACUAUACAAAUCCAAUCAAUGGAAAAUCCACCAAUGUCCAUUUACCAGAUUGGGUAGCGAAUCCUCCUCCUUCCAUCCGCCCGGUUGCACCGAAUGUUCGCGGCCCCGAUGGUCCAGUUCCUUUGCCACUUUCCGUUUCUUGGCAACGGUAUUCGCCUUGUAAUUUUUCCGAGGAAUCAGUUCACCUCGCCCCCAGUGAAGAGCCUGAUGUCCUGGUAAUUGUUUUGCAGAACCAAGUAAAGUCCCUUCUUUCGAAAGAAUCUGAACUGCAGUCGUUCAUUUCAAGCAUUUCUUCUCUUCCCCGUCGACGACAAGUAUCUGUUGUGCUUUUCGUCCCAAAGUGUUCUUCAGCUAAUGUGCCAGCUCUCUAUGAUCUCGUGAUACGGCUGCAGUUCGAGGCCAAAUUAACGGGAGUGCAACAAGUGUCAAAUGUCCAAAACCUUGCUAAUCUUGUCGCAAAUUAUACUAAGUCCGUCUGUCAGCGACCCUUCAAGGAGCUUCGGACGGACGCGCGGAACGGCUUUUCUUUUCUUCCAUCUACGGUAGUCACCCCGGGAGCGGGGGCACCCACUAGGUUUCCAAAACUCUUAUCCACUGCCACGCUGCAGGAAACAGAAGCCAUUCGUUCUUGGGUUAGCCGCACCUGGUUGCGGCAGCUCAGCACUUGGCGCGGGCUGACUGGUGAGAUCACAAAUGCAGUCGCCUCGGCCUACCCUACACCGCGCGCACUUUACGAGGCGCUCAAUCAGGAUGGCCCCUCAAGUUUAGCCAAUUUGCCUGUCCGUCGUGGGGCUGGGGUUUUGACUACGGAGACUCGACUCGGCCCUCUUCUUGCUUCGCGCAUCGCUACGUUUUUCACCUCCUCUGACCCUGAAGACUUAGGGGCUUCCUGA